UUUUUUAAAGAUUCAACACCAAUACAAACAUAAAAAUUGCAAAAUCAUUAACAACAAAAAAUAUUAAUUUAAAAAAUUACAGGAUUUGCUUAAGUUAUGUCCAAUUUCGGAAUUGAUUUACUAUUUGAAACGCAGAAGGGAAACAUUCACAGUGAAAACGAUGCAUUAAUUAUCGUUAUUCAUUGGGUUUUAUGCAAAAACAAUUUUCGUAGUGUUGGUGUUGGUGAUAAUAAAAUAUUCAGUGAUGAGGAUAGACCAACAGAGUUAUUGCCACAAGGAUGGAAUCAAAAUCAAACAUCGUACACAUUGAGAUACACAUUAAAUAAGAAUAUCUUCAUCCUUUAUGGAAUUGUCUCGGAUGAUACUUUAAUGAUCAAUUUGUUGGAUGCAAAGACUCUUAAGACUGUUGGAUUAGUAUUUAAAGCAAUGGAAGUCAUAAAAUCAAGAGUUGGAAUGACAUUGAAUGAUUAUGUUAAUGAUAGUCAAACUAUAAUUAAUAAAAUGAAUGAAGACAUUGUUAAGCCGAUUUUAGAUCAGAAUGCUGAGAGACGAUCAGGAAGUACAUCAAGAGGUAAUAGAAAUGAUGAUCCAUUGCUUGUUAGACCAGUUGUUCCUCCAAUGUAUCAAGACAGAAGAAAUGAUCCACUUAGAGAUCCAUUAAGAGAUAUAGGAAGAGGUGAUUUAGAUCCAUUUGGACGUGGAGGAGGAAGUAUCUUUCAACCAGAAUUCCGACCUGAAUUCGGCCCAAUAAACCCUCUUCGCCCAGCUGGGAUACCUCCCGGUGCUAGAUAUGAUCCUCCCAAUCCUUUCAGACGAUUAGAUCCAGACAACGAUCAUUUGAGACCUCCACCUGGCUACGAUGACAUGUUUAUGAAGAAGUUUAGUGGAAGUGGCUUAUGUGAAAAAAAAAUCUUUAAUAGUUUAAUAGAGCAGAGCAAAAUAAGUUGUAAUGGUGAUGUCACUGUACAGAACAUUAAAGACUGGCACUAUGAAGAAACGCCGGGAAUCAAGGUUUCGCAAUCAUAUGAAAAAUAUGCUGUAAUCAACAACAGAUUGAUGACAUUAGUUCCAUUGUUAAUUCGCCUGAUCAACAAGAAUAUUGUAAAGCUUUUUAGUCUCGGUCCGCCAGAAACGAAAUUAAAAGAUUUAAGUCUGCCAGUUGAUAGUAGCACUAUAAGCAGUAGCACAACGAUAAAUAAUAAUAAUAUUACUAAUAAUAGCAACGACAUGGUGUCAAGAAGGAAAAUAUUGUCUCGUUCCCGAGAUGAUCUUAAUAUGGAUGCACCAUUUGUGCAAGUUGAGGAAGACGUUUGGUAUCAAAAGGAAAAGCUAUUCAGGGAACAUGUUCAGGAAGUUUUAGAUAAGUGGACACAAAUAGACGAUGAGAUAUGGGCUAAAGUAAUUGUCUUUGAAAGAAAUCGUCGGGUAGCCAAAGCUUAUGCUCGAACACCAGUACUCACAAUUAAUGGAUCUGAUGAUGGCUUCGAUGGUAUGAGAAUUGGCUUGUGCGGUUUUGAUAAUCCAAUGCGGGAUCAAAAAACAGAUGAAUUAAAACGUCAUGUUGGACAGGGAGUCAAGCUUAAAAUGGAUGACAAUGGAAACAUUCUAGCAAGACGAUACUCAAAAAGCAACAUCUACGUGAAAGGAGCAACAAAUUCAAAUGACGAGACGGCAAUUGGAACAGAGAUUCUCAAAUCACCAGCUCAAUGUUUAGAGAUUGAGAAGGUCAUGAAGAUUUUUGAUAUGAAAAAGUUUCAAUCAAACGUUAGCCGUGAAUUGAGUCGUUCAUAUCCAGACAGACGACGUCUUGAGACACAAUGCAUGUCAGUAUUGGCAUUUGUCAAAUCUGAAAAUGAUGUUUUGGACUGUCCUAUUUGGGUUUUAAUAAUCAACGUCGUUGCCAUGGACAUGCUUAAAACUAAAUUGCCUCCAGUUCAUCGUCAAUUUGACAUGAGGAAUCGACCAAGAAUUCCAGUUCCAGACGAAGAUCCAUAUAGUAUAGCUGGAAAUGAGAUUGAAAGUUCAGGAUCAUCAGGUUUCGGUGCAUCAGGCAUUUAUGGACGUGUUCCACGUGACCAAAUGUUAAUGCAAUCAUCACAAUAUCCACCAUUAAGACGCGAGAAGCCACCAAAAUUGCCACCACGCAGCGAUAAUUUAUAUGGACUUCACGAAACUCACAGUGCAUUGAAACCUGAUUAUGAUGAAAUUGACGAUGAAGAAAUACGCGUAAAGCUAGUCUCAAGAAGUAAAUCGGAUAAGAACAAUAACAAAAAUCAAAGGAAAUAUGAUGAUCCAUACUAUUGCGGUUUGCGUGCUCGGGUACCAAAUUUUGCAAAGGAAAAGGUGUCUCGAAAGACAAGUCGUGCAAAUGAGGAGAUUUAUGUAAGCAAUAGUAGAAAUUUGAAUAGAAUUCCACGCGAUCCAGUGAUUAAAAGACGCUCAAUUGCACAUAUGGAUAGACAUCAGCCAACAUUCUCAUCAUUAUAUCAAUUAAAUCAAAUUAAUGAUCCUAGAUCAAGUUUAUAUCAAAGACUUCAUCAUCAUUCACACAAUCUGAUGUCACCGAUGAGACAAUAUGGCAUGUGGCAUGCACGAAGUUAUGAAAGUGGAAUAGAUUCAGAAUUUGUUGAAUCACCUUAUCAUAUGUAUGGACGAUUGCCAACACCUUCAUCGAGAGGAGGUUCACGCGGUUAUGUCUCAUCAGCUUCGAGAAUGUAUAUUGGUGAUUGGGAAUAAUCAAGUAUGUGAUUAAGUUUGGAUGUGAUUAAGUUUGGAUGGAUUAGUAACGUUAAUUCUGCAGAUUCCCCAAUUAUUAUAUCUUAUAAGAUUUUUUGCAAUACAUGAUUUUUAAUGAGGGGGUCCUAUCCUUGAAAAAUUCCAGUAUGUUCCCCUAUCAAGUUUUACAUACUUUGUUUCAUUGUCUAAUAAACCAAAGAAAGUCAAAAUUUUAAAGUUUUUCUGUGAGGACAUAGCUCAUCACAUGUUUUUGUAUAUCAUUGGAUGAGAUUAUAAUUGAUAUUAUAUAUAUACAAUAGCAUAAAUCACUUACCACUAGCGCAAAGUACUUCCAUAUUUUUCAUGAUAUAUUCUUAAUGAUAUUUAGCCAUUUAUUUUUUAUCAGCUUCCAUUUUUCUCUUAUUUUUUUGCAUUCAACUGAGGACAUUCUGUACUUUAUAAUUCUUAUAGAUAAUCGUAAGCACAAAAGCUUCUUGCAUGUAUAAUUGUAUAAUUUUUAAUAUGAAUAAAAAUUAUAUUUUACUAUAAAAUGUAAA